CUCACGCACAAAUUCAAAAUGGCUCUUAUCCUUUCUUUCUAACUUCGUUUGAUUCAGGAUCGGAGGAGGCAGGGGAAGUAAAAACUUCAACCAAAGUUCAGGUCUCCCUCUAUUUUAAUCUAGAAUACCUGUAUAGCAGAUUUCAUAUUCACUUCUACCUCGCGAGGAAACAAGGUUAUUGCCGUGCGAUUUGUUAGAAAUCCUCAUGAUGCCUCCAAUUCAUCUGAGACUGAGCAUUUUUUUGGCAACUUGCUUGACAUUUAGUUGCCGCGGACAAACGUCAAACGUACGAAGAGGAUGUGGCGUCGACGAUUCCAAAGAAGGUCGUCCAAAAUCACUAUCAUCUCAGUACAUACCUGAAAUCGAAAAUAUCUUGAUGACGAGCGCGUUACAGAGACAAGACAAGGAUGCAUUCAAUGCCUUGUUCAACAAAAACUUACAGUGUAAAGAGCAGUAUCUUGUGCCCAUAGCUUGGCAUGUUCUCCAUGAUGCGCGGGGGAAAGGAAAUGUCUCUGUGACCAUGCUGGAAGAUCAAGUGAAAGUUUUGAACAAGGCUUUCUCGGAUUCACCAUUCCGAUUUGUAACGCGUUCAGUCGACAGAACAAAUAACGAAGAAUGGUUCAACAACUGCAAGCUAAGAAGGUUCUUUAUCAGAAGAGCUCUGGGUAUUUCGCCUGCAACAACGCUCAACGUCUACACGUGUCAGUUCCAGGAUCCUCUUGUGAUUGGAGAUGCGACGUUUCCCUGGCGUGACAUAGAAUCUGGCCUAUCGCACGGCGUGGCAAUUCACCAUGGGACACUGCCUGGUGGGGCCAUGGUAACACAUAAUCUUGGAGACAAUGCUGUUCAUGAGGUUGGUCAUUAUUUUGGUCUCUUUCACGUUUGUAAGGGAGGUUGUUUCGAUGAGGAAGACGAUGAGGUGGCCGACACUCCACGCUGCGCUGAUUACACCUAUAUCUGCACAGACCAACCAGUGGAUACUUGUAAAUCUAUCAGUGGACUGGAUCCAAUUCAUAAUUAUAUGGGUUACAUGGAGGACAAAUGGAUGUAUGAAUUUACUCCGGGGCAGAUAUCUAAAAUGGAAAAAGACGUCAAGACCUACAGACCAACUCUGAUGAAAAACAUCUAUAGACCUUGCAAAAUCGAUGCUGCAUUCCGCUGGUCGAACGGCUAUAUUUAUUUCUUCCUCGGAUCAAAGUACUACCGCUACAAUGAGAGUCUUCCUGGUAUCGACCCCAGCUACCCUCGACCUAUCAGCGACCAUUGGAAGGAUGUCCCUUCCUCCAUAAACGGCGUCUUUCGUUACGCCAAUGGCCUCACGUAUUUCUUCAAAGGAAACCAAUAUUACCGGUUUAACGACACAUCGCUGAAGGUGGACGAAGGAUAUCCUCGACUUAUAAGUGAUUACUGGGUUGGAGUGCCGAGUGAUAUAGAUGACGUCAUCAGUCACUCGAAUGGCUUCACCUACUUCUUCAAAGGAGCACAAUACUACAGGUUCAACCCACGUACCCUCAGAGUGGACCACGGGUAUCCUCGCCUUGUAAGUUCUUACUGGAAUGGGCUCCCGAACGACAUUGAAGGCGCCUUACAAUGGUACAAUGGCGGCGUUUUUGCCUUCAAGGAUACACAGCACUGGUUAUUCGUGCACAGCGAUCAAUCAAUAAGUGUUCCUUCCAUCUACCCUGAGUCAAUAACCCGAUGGUGGAGUAGUGAACCAGACUUUGCUAACUACACAGUGUUCACACACUUGAACGGCUACACCUUCUUCUUCAGAGGGGACAGCUAUUGGCGCUACAAUGAACAGUUUAGCCAAGUUGAUAUCGGAUAUCCACGCGGAUUGGCAGCCUGGGAAGGAGUGCCAGCUGAUGUAGACGCCGCGUUUCUUUGGAGCGAUGGAUUUGUGUACUUCUUUAAGGGGAACCUUUUCUACCGGUACGAUAAUGGCAAACAGAAAGUCCAAGAUGGUUAUCCACGUGAAAUAAGCUCGUUUUGGAAAGGAAUACCGAACAAUGUCGACGCCGUUUUCAGACACAUCGAUGGUCUCACUUACUUCUUCAAAGACUCGAAUUACUUCCGCUUCAAUGACACUUCCCAAGAAGUAGACUCAGGCUUCCCAAGACCCAUAGCAUCAGCGUGGAGCGGCGUACCGAAUGGUCCCGAUACCGUGUUUUCAGAUAAAAAUGGCCAGACAUACUUCUUCAAGGAAGACUUAUAUUACCGCUUUAAUUCUACAGCUGGACAAGUUGAUGCUGGCUUUCCCAAGUCAAUAGCAUUGUGGAGGGGAAUACUUUAUCAGCCUUAAAAUAAAAUAUAACUGUGUACUGAGAGUAAUAAAUGUCUUUAGUCAGAAGACUUGUUUCACCGGCGUCAUUCCCAGGGGAAAGCAAAGGGGGAAGGGAAAGGGGGGAGGAGUUCUGAUUUCGCAAUUCACGCGUCACGAAUUUAAAAGGAAAAUCUGCAAAUCCCUUCUUGUGCACGAGGUUUCAGGGAUAUUUCGAGGUUUUCACGAAAUGAGAGAAAAUAUUC